UCCCCUCCCCUCCCUCCUAUAGCAAUCAAACCACCAGCUCCACUCCCCCCUCCCCUCCACCGUCCUCCCCCUCCCCCUCCUGCUACUCCCCAGUUCAUGUCCUGCUGCUUCCCAUGUCGCCGCCUCUCGAGCUCGACUACAUAGGCCUCUCGGCCGCCGCCGGCGGCCGCGCGGACGACGACCUGAAAGGCACCGAGCUCCGCCUCGGACUUCCCGGCUGCGAGUCGCCCGACCGCCGGCCGGUCACCGCCACCACCACACUGGAGCUGCUGCCCGCCAAGGGCGCCAAGCGAGGGUUUUCGGACGAGGUCGCGCCGCCUGCGCCGGCUUCCGCCGGCGGGAAAGGCAAGGACGCGUCCGGGGAUGAGAAGGACAAGAAGGUCGCCGCCCCGCCGCAGCCUGCUGCCAAGGCUCAGGUGGUGGGAUGGCCACCAGUCCGCAGCUACCGCAAGAACACGAUGGCAACCACCACCAACCAGCUGAAGAGCAGCAAGGAGGAUUCUGACACGAAGCAGGGGCAAGAGUUUCUGUAUGUCAAGGUCAGCAUGGAUGGUGCGCCUUACCUGAGGAAGGUUGACCUCAAGACAUACAAGAACUACAAGGACAUGGUUGUGGGGCUAGGGAAAAUGUUCAUUGGCUUCAGGACCGGGAAGGAUGGUGCAUCUGAGAACAGAAAGGAUGGUGAAUAUGUGAUGACUUACGAAGACAAGGAUGGAGACUGGAUGCUGGUUGGUGACGUCCCAUGGGAGAUGUUCACCGAGUCUUGCCGGAGGAUCAGGGUCAUGAAAAGUGCAGAUGUGAUUGGACUUGGAGUUACAAGGGCAGGGGUUAAGUCCAAGAAUAAGAACUAAAACGGUCGCUGCCCACAGUUUGAAGACGAGGUCGCACAUAUCGUCUGUACUACUGCAUGGUUUUCCUACCCCGCAAGUAAAACCACCCGUUACUCUACUGUUUAAGAUUUGCGAUAUCUCCUAGAGACUUAUGCUCUAUAUUUUGUUGUGCCCACGUUGUUGUACGCGUGUUAUUUCCAUCCGUGUAAAUGGUUGGCAAGCAGUGCGAGAGCUACUGCUGUGUUUGAUGACUCCUAUGUAUUUCGCCACUCUUGUCCUGAACUGGUCGUUCGUCGUAAAUGUGAAGGUUGCAAGACUAUUAUUUACCUGA